CAGAAAAAAGUUGACUGAUGUAUAUUAUUAUGUAUGACAGCAGAUCAUUAAUACUGAUGCAUCAAUGCAUCAGCAGCAUUUUACUGUUGAAACUGGUCGAGGAGAAGUUAGUUUUAGUACAGAGUAGAUAGUAAAUGCAUUACAUUUAUAUAACGAUUCAUCAUAGAAACUCAAAGUGCUUCAGAGUGAAGGGGGGGGGGGACUCAUCUCAACCACCACCAGUGUAUGAUGUAUUUAUUUAGUGAAAUCUGUAAAUAGUAUAACAUCAGUAAUAUUAGUGAGUUAGUAAUAGUAGGUUAGGCCAAUAUGUCAGUGCACUACAAAUGAAGACAAAUGUAAACAUUUUCAAAACAAUUGAUUUUAAGAAAAUAUCAAGUAAAAAGCCCUACAUAAGACAUUAUGUAAGGCCAAGAAAUUAUCAAUAUAUAAAUAGUACAAUAUAUACAACAGUAUCAAUAUAUGAUUUAUAAAGAAAGCUGAAUAUCAAACACAACAAAUGAGAUCAUCUGUAGAAUUGCUGCUUUCUUUGUUCUGUUCCUCACUAUUCUCCAGUGGAAGAGACGUGCAGAGGAAAGGCAGUGCCAGGAGGCUUUCCCAGAAGACUCCUCAGUCUGAAGCUGACAUCUGGACUGUUAACCAUUCAAAGAUUUCCCCGCCCUGCAUCUCCCAUUCUGCCAGCCUCCUGCAUGUCCAUCUGAGGAUCAGGUGGACCACGUGUGCCUGCACUCUUCAAGAGGAGGCUCGCAGAAAAUGUUGCAAGAGCAGGACUUGUUUUCUUGGAGUGUUGGAUGCAGUUUGAUUUUUCCUCUCAUAAGAUCCACUGUGUCCGCUGAGGAUGGAUUGGCCGGGGAAGAGCUGCUCUGGGUGUGUCUGUGUGAAGUCACCGGAAAGAUUUUUAUUGGAUUAACUGAAGGAAAGUAAAGAUCUGAAGAUGACGGGCCAGGCGGCGGAGAGAGACCGGUCGCCACACAAUCUGUCAGUAAAGACCACCUUGGAGGAGGAGAUGGAGAGAACCGAGAGUAUUCUCAGCAGGAUGCCAUCUGUCUGUGAUGACACAUCAUCAGAGCUACAAAGAGUCGCCGCUCUCGACCCUCAUAGAGGCAAUUCCAGGAACUCUUUUCAAAGGAGCGGGGCUAUGUCAAGACUGGUGGGCCUGGUGGUGAGACUGAGGGAAUGGGCACACAGGAGUCUGUUGGAGGAGGAAGAGCGGCCAGACUCUUUCCUGGAGCGCUUUCGUGGCCCUGAGCUGAGAAUAGCCCCCAGCCGCAUCAGCAACACGCAACCAGAUGCCAAUGGCAACAAUGCCAAAGGUAUCUUUAGGAAAAAGUGGGAUUUGUUUGUGGUAUCCCCAUCUGAUAAUGCCUACUACCGCUGGUUAUUUGUCAUCGCCACAGCAGUGCUCUACAACUGGUGCCUUGUCGUUGCGAGGGCAUGCUUUGACAUGUUACAGGUGGACAAUUACAUCUGCUGGUUGGUACUGGACUACCUCUCGGAUUUUGUGUACAUAACAGACACUUUCAUCCGUCUUCGCACAGGAUACCUGGAGCAAGGUUUGCUGGUGAAGGACCAAGCCAAACUUAGGGACAGCUACAUCCGAACGUUACAGUUCAAGCUGGAUGUAGUGUCCAUCCUGCCCACUGACCUGGCGUACAUCUCCACCGGUAUCCACACACCGCAACUUAGGUUUAACCGUCUGCUGCGUUUCCCGCGCAUGUUCGAAUUCUUCGACCGCACUGAGACACGAACCAACUACCCCAACAUCUUCCGUAUCGGCAACUUGGUGCUUUACAUCCUGGUCAUCAUUCACUGGAAUGCCUGCAUCUACUAUGCCAUAUCGAAGUCUUUGGGAUUUGGCUCGGACACUUGGGUGUUCCCAAACAUCUCCACAUCUGCGUAUUCUCACUAUUCCGACUUGACUCAGAGUUACAUCUACUGUCUUUACUGGUCGACUCUUGUUCUUACUACAAUUGGAGAGGUGCCUCCACCCGUGCGAGAUGAAGAGUACCUAUUUGUGGUCUUUGACUUUCUUGUUGGGGUGCUGAUCUUUGCCACAAUUGUGGGAAACGUUGGCUCCAUGAUUGCCAACAUGAAUGCCACACGGGCCGAGUUUCAAGCUCGGAUUGAUGCCAUCAAACACUACAUGCACUUCCGCAAAGUCAGCAGAGAACUGGAGACACGUGUCAUUAAAUGGUUUGACUACCUAUGGACCAACAAGAAAGCAGUGGAUGAGCAGGAGGUGCUAAAGAACUUACCAAACAAACUGCAGGCUGAGAUUGCUAUCAAUGUACACCUGGAGACCCUGAAGAAAGUACGCAUUUUUCAAGACUGUGAGGCAGGACUGCUGGUGGAGCUCGUGCUCAAACUACGCCCACAGGUCUUCAGUCCAGGAGACUACAUCUGCAGAAAAGGGGACAUAGGAAAGGAGAUGUAUAUCAUUAAAGAGGGGAAGCUGGCUGUGGUGGCUGAAGACGGAGUCACACAGUAUGCUCUUCUCACUGCUGGCAGCUGCUUCGGGGAAAUCAGCAUUCUGAACAUAAAAGGCAGUAAAAUGGGAAAUCGCCGGACAGCCAACAUUCGCAGCUUGGGCUACUCUGAUCUCUUCUGCCUCUCUAAGGAUGACUUGAUGGAGGCAGUCACCGAGUAUCCAGAUGCUAAGACUGUGCUAGAGAAGAGGGGCCGGGAGAUCCUGAUGAAGGAGGGUCUGCUGGAUGAAAAUGCAGAAAGCGGCGGGCUGCACAAAGAGGACACGGAGGAGAAGGUGGAGAGGCUAGAGUCCUCUCUGGAUACCCUUCAGACUCGAUUUGCCCGCCUACUCAGCGAAUACACACACACUCAGCAACGGCUGAAGCAGCGCAUCACUCUGCUGGAGAGGCAGCAGAAUCAAACAGACUGCGGCGCAGAUGCAAGCGAUGACAUGGAUGCAGAAGCAGUGAAUGAUACAGACCCUGGGCCUGUUGCCCAAACAGAUGGGUCUCCACAUCGAAAUAAUGUACAAAUAAAGGACAAAGAGACAAGACAUUAACUGUCUCACUAAGGAGAUUUUAGAUCCAUAUCUCCUGAAAUACCUU